AUGGAUGUCAAUGAUAUCGACCUAUCUCUACGCUUCAAACAUGGCAUUCAUACCAUAUUCUUAUUUGUCGAUCCAUCAAGACCUUUUGGAAGCAUAGCAGAAGAUCUUUUGGAAGCUCUGACGGCACGCUACCCAUCGGGAUUGACUACUUCCCUUUCCUCACCGGACAAGACCGAGCUACCGAAUGAUCAUCUACAGAUCAAGUUCGCCUCACCAAAGAUACCUACUGACCUCAGCCAAGGUUGGAAUCCUCUUGAAGUUGGAGAGAAUGAUACCCCGGUUAGCAAAGGCAUCAAGGACAACAGCAUUUUAGCGUUCGCAUUCUGCCCUGAGGAUGCAGAUGAGGACUACGAGCCUGAGUUCACAGUCGAGUUCCCUAGCUUCGACGAGGAAAUGGAGGAGCAAUGA